AUGGUGAGCACAGUCUGGUGGCCCAAGAUGAGCCCUGACAUCGACGCCUACUGCAGGACUUGCGUUGGAUGCGCCAGACACGCUGCGCGUGCCGCUGCUGCCAGCCCGCGGUAUGACCUUUUCUCCACUAUCCCGGUUGAGGCCAGAAGGUUCUCCUCGGUCGCUAUGGAUCACUUGGGACCCUUCAAUGGUCUCUAUGUCUUGGUUGUCGUUGAUAAGGUGACAGGCUGGCUUGAAGCGUGCGUGGUCGAUGACAAAUCUGCCCAAUCCACUGCCUUGGCCCUUUACGAUGUUUGGGUAAGCCGAUGGGGGUGGUUCGAUUCGAUCACCCAUGACAAUGAUGCAGGCUUCUGCUCGGCGACUGUGAAAUCUCUCUUCGAACGUCAUCAAGUGACGAGGACAUUAUCACCUCCGUAUUGGCCGAGAGGGAACGGUAUCGCUGAGGCUGCGGUGGAGGAGAUUAAGUAUGUCAUUCGUCGUUCUGGCGAGGUCAUUACCGGUGCGGUCCAGCUCAAGGCUCUCGUCGCAGCUGCCCGACUUCUCCAUAAUUCUUCUGCCGCAGAUGGAUGUGCCUAUUGCCCUUAUGAGAUUGUUACAGGAAAGAAGCCUAAAACCUUACUUGAAGUUGUCUAUGGUGAUGAUGAUCCGGAUCCGGAGAAGAUCGAGAACAUGCUGAACAUCAUCGUUGAGCAGAAACGAAGAUCUAGAGAUCGCGGCCGAGCUACUGCUAUCUCGCGCGCCGAGAAGUGGCGCUCUGGCUCUUACGGCAACGAUCUGCACGAGGGCGAUUUGGUUUUUGUUGUCCAGCAACGUGGUUACGGUGGCCGGGUGGCCCUAGGCCCCUUCCGUAUUGGAAACGUCAAUGGCUCCCUCGUCUAUCUACGUGGUGAGGAAGAUCCUGUCAGCCGUGGACAGUGCCUCCCCUAUUGCCUUAUCCCCGCUAUUCUGACGUCGCGGGAGAAGACCACCAGGCCAUGA